UUUAUUUCAAUCCACCUGUUUCCGCCAUCUCAUUUUGCAUCUCUCAAAUUCAAAUUUCGGGUGUCCUCUUUGAAAACCCUAGAGCUCUCCAUCCCUCUCCCGCUCUCUCUUUCUCUCUCUACAUUCCAGGCUACCUACAGAGGCGAUGAGGAAGGGAACCAAGCGUAAGGCAACGCACAAGGAGCCUAAGACCAAGCCUGCAGAGGAUCAGAAAAACGAGCCUAGCCAAUCGCCAGCUCAAGAGACCAACUCGGAGGAGCCCAGCCGCAAUGCUGAGCCAGAGCCGACCAAAGGAGCAGCUGGAAAGGACAGACGGAAGCGAGCUAAGGUUGAAAAGCCGGAAACCGCGACUGAGUAUUUCCCCGAGAAGCGCAAUUUGGAGGAUCUCUGGCUGCAGGUUUUUCCGGUGGGCACAGAGUGGGAUCAGUUGGACACGGUGUAUGAGUACAAGUGGAACUUCUCUAAUUUGGAAGAAGCUCUUGAAGAAGGGGGAGAGUUACAUAAUAAGAAGGUCUAUCUAUUCGGCUGUACAGAGCCUCAAUUGGUUCCUUACAAAGAUCAAUCAAAAGUUACAAUGAUACCUGUUGUGGUUGCUGUGGUAUCACCUUUCCCUCCAUCUGACAAAAUUGGUAUCAAAUCAGUUCAGAGGGAGACUGAAGAAAUUGUGCCUAUGAAGCGGAUGAAAAUGGAUUGGGUCCCUUAUAUACCUCUUGAGAAAAGGGAAUCUCAAGUUGAAAGACUUAAAAACUCUCAAAUUUUCAUCUUGAGCUGUAAUCAAAGGAGGGCUGGUCUAAGACAUCUGAAGAUAGAGCGUGUAAAGAAGUUCGAGUACUGCCUACCUUACUUUUAUGAUCCCCUUCAGGAAGAUGAACUAGAGCAGAGCACAGUGGUUGACCUUUUAUUUCCUAUUGAUCCCAAGCCGGUUUUCUGCGAGUUUGAUUGGGAACUUGAUGAGCUAGAGGAAUUCACUGAUAAGCUGAUUGAGGAAGAGGAGUUACCUGCUGAUCAAAAAGAGCCCUUCAAGGACUAUGUGAAGGAGAAAGUCCGUGAAGCAAAAAAAGCUAAUCGUGAGGCAAGGGAAGCCCGUAGAAAGGCACGGGAGGAAAUGAGCCAACAAUCAAGGGCUGCGUUUGAGAAUAUGAAAUUCUACAAAUUUUAUCCAGUACCUACACCCGACACUCCAGAUGUAUCCAGUGUAAAGUCUCCGUUCAUUAAUAGAUACUACGGGAAGGCUCACAAGGUUAUAUGACAUGCAGCUGAUUAUUUUUCUACGGAAGGGAGCAACACUUCGUUGAUGCUCGUUGUCGGUGUGCUCGGUGGAAGUAAGCUCAGAAAUUUUUAGAAUUUUCCAAUGCCUUGACUAUUCAUUGAGGGCGGGGUUCAGAAUUUUGUCCUUGAAAAAGUGUAACUUGUAUAAGUGAAAAAGACUAGGGAAAAUGCGGAUCAAACAGCCAACUUGAUCUUCGUGGCACGCCUAUUUCUGUAUUGAUACGAGACGAGACAUCAAUUUACCUGCAAGUUAAUUGAUUAUGAAAGUUGUAAAACCCCUUGCGUAAUUUUUGACACAGUUGGCAGCCAAUGUAAUUUUUGGUAUUCCUGUGUAGUAAAUUGAGUUGAGUGAUGGGUUGUUGUAGUGUAACGAGAAAGAGGUGUAGUUGAAAUUGACAUUCCUUGAAGAGUUAUAGUUUCUGUUGCUUCCUUCCA